AGGGUGGAUGACAUCAUGGGCUAGGGAACAGUGAGCAGCCAGUGAAGCAUCCAGCCUGCCGAACAAGCUUGCUUUUAGGGUCAGGAACUGGUCUGACAAGAGAAUGGCAAUCCUGCCUUUAAACUGUCAUUAGGACUGUACGGCUGACGAUGAAUUCACCACGACUCCAGGCCCAACGGCGAAGCACUGAGCAAGAGAAUGUGAAGACAUAUUUCAGGACAUUGUGAGUGCUACUAAAGAUGUCUGAUAGUGUCGAUAUUGAAGAGAAGCCACCAGCCCCCCCCUUGAGAAUGAACAGUAGUUCCCGAGACUCUUCAUCAGUGAAUCACGCAUCUAAACCGCUUCCAAUGGCUCCUGAAGAGAAAAACAAGAAAGUCCGCCUGCGCUCCAUCUUCCCCGGGGGAGACAAGACAAACAAGAAGAAGGAGAAGGAACGUCCUGAGAUAUCCCUACCCUCAGACUUUGAACACACCAUUCAUGUGGGCUUUGAUGCUGUAACAGGAGAAUUCACAGGUAUACCAGAGCAGUGGGCGCGGCUCCUACAGACCUCCAACAUCACUAAACUGGAGCAGAAGAAGAACCCCCAGGCCGUGCUGGACGUUUUAAAGUUCUACGACUCCAAAGAGACCGUCAACAACCAGAAAUACAUGAGCUUCACCUCGGGAGACAAGUCAGCACAUGGGUACAUAGCAGCAAACACUCUGAACCGACUGCUGUCAUCUGGGCCUCCUGUCAGCCUUAGAACCUGCAGCGCAUUAUUUGACAAGGGUGCCAAAACAUCAUCGACAGAACCCCCGAUUGCUCCACCUGUGUCAGAGGAGGAGGAUGAGGAGGAAGAAGAAGAGGAGGAGGAAGAGGAAGAUGAGGAUGAUGAUGAUGAGCUGCCCCCGGUCAUUGCCCCUCGACCCGAGCACACCAAAUCUAUCUACACCCGCUCCGUCAUGGAGCCACCAAAGCCUCCCACCCCUGUGAAAGAGGUGCUGACCCCACCAGAGUCGCAGGUCCAGCCGGAGAACACGUCCAACACAAUGUAUCGCCAUACCGACCGGCAGAGGAAGAAGUCAAAAAUGACGGACGAGGAGAUUCUGGAGAGACUCAGGAGUAUUGUGAGUGUGGGGGAUCCCAAGAAGAAGUACACACGCUUCGAGAAAAUAGGACAAGGAGCGUCUGGCACUGUGUACACUGCCAUCGACAUAGCCACUGGCCAAGAGGUGGCCAUUAAACAAAUGAACCUGCAGCAGCAGCCCAAGAAAGAGUUGAUCAUCAAUGAGAUCUUGGUGAUGAGGGAAAACAAGAAUUCCAAUAUAGUGAACUACUUGGAUAGUUACUUGGUAGGAGAUGAGCUCUGGGUGGUGAUGGAGUAUUUGGCUGGAGGUUCGUUGACAGAUGUAGUGACUGAGACCUGCAUGGACGAGGGCCAGAUUGCUGCAGUCUGCAGAGAGUGUCUUCAAGCCUUGGACUUCCUCCACUCCAACCAGGUGAUCCACAGAGACAUAAAAAGUGACAACAUCCUCUUGGGUAUGGACGGAUCUGUCAAGCUCACCGACUUUGGCUUCUGUGCUCAGAUCACUCCAGAGCAGAACAAGCGCAGCACGAUGGUGGGAACGCCCUACUGGAUGGCACCGGAGGUGGUGACUCGGAAGGCUUACGGCCCAAAGGUGGAUAUCUGGUCUCUGGGAAUCAUGGCGAUAGAGAUGGUAGAGGGAGAACCGCCUUAUCUAAAUGAGAAUCCACUCAGGGCGCUGUACCUGAUAGCAACCAACGGGACUCCAGAGCUGCAGAACCCAGAGAGGCUGUCGUCUGUGUUCAGAGACUUCCUCAACCGCUGUCUGGAGAUGGAUGUGGACCGCAGAGGCUCUGCCAAGGAACUGCUUCAGCAUUCCUUCCUAAAGCUGGCAAAGCCUCUAUCCAGCCUGACGCCUCUGAUUGUAGCUGCGAAGGAAGCCAUAAAGAACAGCAGUCGCUAGGGUGUGCUCCCUGUCCGCACCCGAGGCUGGAGCCCUGCCUGUGAAGUGUGCGUUCAUGGCAGCAGGGGCUUGGGUGUUUGGGUAGAGGGGCGACAGUGACAGCACAAGGCGGGGUUUGUGUGACUUACCGUGACAGCACAAGGACAAAAGACCCCCAGGCCUCAUAUGUAGGAUGGACAUCUGGCCUUGCAGCCUCUCGGCCCAUGCUGCUGAAAAGACCUUAUCUCCUCGUUUACUUCUCCAGCACUCUGUACAUGUAGAGCAGUCCAUCACAAGUGUGUGUGUGAGUGUGUGGGCGUGUGUGCGUGUAUAGAAACUGUGCACAUCUCUUUGUGUCAAAUGUCUUGUUUGGGAGUCUCCCCAAACCCAAAAAAAAAAGAAAAAAGAAGAAUAGGGUGAAAAAAACUGAAAAGAAAGCAUUUUCAAGAAGAACCUGCAGGAGUGAAGAGGAGAAACAAAACACAAAACUGAAGAGCCCGUGAAUCCCUCCCUGCCCGGCUUUAGGCUCGGUUCUCUUUCCUCUAGUCCCUUCAUGGAGCACCAUCAGACCACACCUGCACCUGCAGUGACCAGCUGAUGUGAGAGAGUGACUCUGGACCCAACCUUUGCCUGCAUGAUCUUCGGCUCUGUGCAGAAACACCGCUACUCCUCUGCAGAUUGUCACAUCUCAAGGUGGCGUAUUUUUGUGUAUGUGUGUAGGUGUGUGUGUGUGUGUGAAUGUGUGAAUGUGUGAAGGGGUGCAGCUACAGGGGAAAAAAAAGUCAGGAAUAAUUUCACAUGACCUAUACCAGCUUUAAACAACUUUCAAUUAUUCAUCUCAUAUCAGUGAGGAGAUGCGGUUUUCAUAUUUCAUUUGAGCUCAUGACGGCUGCCUGCAGUGAGUUCACAGAUUUUCUCUGUAGAACUGGCUGCAUAACAUCAGGUAUAAUGUUCUCAUUAUCUGAAAUAUCAAACCAAAACUAUACUGCAGCAUCAGUCUAUGAUGUGACCUGUGAUAUACAGUUUAAUAUACAUACUUUCUUAUCGGUUUCAGGAGCAAAGUGGUUCCUGUUCAGUCGUUGGGGUUGUCGUUUUUGUGGAUUACACUGAUAUGUAGAUGCCGUGUCACACAUUUAACUAUUAGAAUAAUUAUAGAAAGCUACAAUAUUGAUGCAAGCAUUUUAUUCAACGGAUCACUCUAAAAUGCCGUUUGCAUAAAACUGUAGCAUCUCAAAUAAGAUCAUUCACAGUAUGUAUCUGAUGAAUAAGUGCAAAAAAAAAAGGUAAGACAAAACAAAAUCAAACAGAUGAUAGACAGUAAUCCUGAAUCCCAACAAAAGACUGUGUAGUUAUUUAUCUGCAGUGAGUUGAUGGUCCAGUGCCACAUUUUAUUGCACCCACAGUGCCCCGAGCAUCCCAGUGUCCUCAGACCUUAAGCAGGAUGUUACAAAAUAUCCUUUAGCAGGCAAUUAAUGCAAACAAAACACACUGAUUCAAUAGAAAAUGGACAAACUGCAACAUGGCAUGGAGGGAAAAAGCAAAUUCCUUCAUGUAAACAUGAGCUAUUAGUAAUUCUUGUGGUCUUAUCAUGUUAUACUAAAGAAUAUCUUAUAUGCUGCACAUGAUUGGGUUGCCAACGCAAAUCGAGACAACAUCCACGUCCGCUGAGGCGCUGCCCUCCUCACCCGCCUCCCCCUCUCCUCCCUUUAGUAUCUGAGAUGCUGCUUAGUGUUCAUUUUUUUUGUCUUUUAAUCGUGUCUUAUAUGACUUUUUUUCAUGUGGUCUUUACAUUUUGUAGUGUUAUCGUGUGGCAGAUUAUAGAAGGGGAAUGUUAUCCACUGUGCUAAGUAGUGAGUGCCAUUUUUAUGAUUGUACCUUUGCCCUAUACGAGCACCGAAAACAGAAACUGUGGUAGAAGCUCGCAUUGUUCGCUGACAUUCCUUCCAUGCCUGGUUAGAGUUUAAACUCCCUCCUGUACAGAAGUUAUCUCCUCUGUCGAUAUUCGGUAGCUUCGUCAGGCGUUUCCCAUGUAGCAUCCCUCCUGUGUGCGUGCGCGUGAGUGUGUUUGUGUGUUAGGGGGCUACCUCAAUCUGCACUAGAAGAUGCCUCACUCGUGUUGUCCACCUUGACUCUGAGGUGCAGGGUAGCUGCUUAGUCAUAUUGUACCUCCAUUGUACAGCAGAUGUACAGACGAUGAAGGAGUGACGUUAAGACAGGAGGAUGCAACAGAAUUCAUGCAUGUAAAACAAAACUAUACACUGUAUCUCAUCUUCAAAUAGGUUAAGAUUGUUAGGAUAUGUAUGUAUGUAUGUAAAUAUGAUGGGAAAACCAACCCUACCUUCCCCCUUUUUUCAGAACUAUGUAACUUAAAAUGACAAUAUUCAGGUUGCUCUAUGGUAUGUAUCAAUAAAUGUUUUGCACCCUGGAAAAAGAGAAAACAAAACACACACACUCGCUGUCUCCGCACUCCUGGAUCCACCGCUCCUGUUUGGGCUUUGUCGGACACUCCUUCAUCCGGACAGAGAGCCGAUGAAUGCAGCACUCUGUGUGCGGGCCCACACAGUCUGUCCUGAGUACCACUGCUGAGUGUUAGUAUAUCUGUGUGUGUGCGGUAGGUAGGUAGGUAGGUAAGGAGGUGUGGGUGGCCUGUCAGGAGGCUUCGCUGACCCUGAGGACUUUUGGCCUCUGCCCCAUGUACAGGUCUGAACUAUGAGCACAAAGGUGAAUUUCGGGACAAGAGACACCGCUGACGUGCCCCUUUUUCUGUGGUUGCUCCUGUACAUUCCUAUCUUCUGAAUGUGUAAACCUGUACACGUGGUGUGAAAAUUCCUCUAUUAAUGUGUAUCAAGAGAAUGGAACAAAGACAAAAAAUGUUACUUUUUAAAUUAUUAUCUUUAUUAUUAUUAUUAUUAUUACUCUUAUUAUUGUCUAGCUUUGUAAAACUGCUGAUCCAUCUGGCAUACCUCAGCAGGCCUUUCCCCAACUUUGAAAAAGGACAAACGAGUGACGGGGAAAUGAGGUUUUGGAUAAACUAUUUUUAAUUGUGGUUGAAGCAAUAGACUUUUUGAACUUUGAAUUGUGCAUGGCUGUGUCUUGAGUGUAAAAAAAAACAAAAUAUUGCAGUUUGGGAACUGGACUGAAAUAAAAAGAGGAAGAAAACCAGA